AUGCUAUUGAGGAGCCCAUUGGUUAAGAAUAUAGCACGACUAAAUUAUUUAAAAAGUCCAUCCACAAUAGCCAGUCAUGCUCCGCUACAAACACUUCAACUGAGUACCACUCUUUACAAAUUUCGAUUUUUUUCCCAAUGUACAACUUUAAGAUCCAAUGGAGAAACUAAUUCUAAUAAGUCAAACUCUAUAUCAAAGCCAGUUACACCAUCAUCACCAUCAUCAUUGAAUCGAGGCGAUAAUUCAACACCCCAACAACUGAGCAAAAAAUCUGCCACUUUAUCGCAAACCACUCAAGAUUCGCAACCCUCACAAAGCUCUCCAGUUUCACAAGAUCAAGCAAAGUCAAAGGAGUCCUCACAGUAUUCACUUUUUGGCCGCAAAGUAUCGACCUCAGAAGUAUUUAUGCUUCGUUCUUUGCUCCGCACAAUUUGGCCCAAGAACAACCCGAAAUUCAAGAUCCGUGUUGUUGUUGCCGUUUCUUUGCUUAUUGGAUCAAAACUACUCAAUGUCCAGGUCCCCUUUUUCUUUAAGCAAAUAAUUGAUCAAAUGAAUGUUAAUUGGACCGAUGAUGUUGGUGUAUUUGCCACUGUUGUUGGGUCUUUGAUUCUUGCUUAUGGUGGAGCUCGAUUUGGUGCUGUGUUGUUUGGUGAGUUGCGUAAUGCCAUAUUUGCUGGUGUUGCGCAAUCGGCAAUCAAGAGAGUAGCAACAAAUACAUUUACCAGGUUACUAAACAUGGAUCUACAAUUCCACUUGUCGCAACAAACUGGUGGUUUAACUAGAGCCAUUGAUCGUGGUACGAAGGGAAUCAGCUCAGUACUCAAUGCAAUGGUUUUCCAUAUUAUCCCCAUAACAUUUGAGAUUGGUAUUGUUUGUUCCAUUCUUAGUUGGAAUUAUGGUUAUUCUUUUGCGGCAGUUACUUUGGCAACAAUGCUUGCUUAUUCAAUAUUUACGAUCCAGACCACAGCUUGGCGUACCAAGUUUAGGAGGCAAGCAAACAAUGCCGAUAAUCAAGCAGCAUCGGUAGCGUUGGACUCAUUGAUCAAUUAUGAAAGUGUCAAGAUCUUCAAUAAUGAAGCUUUCCAGGGUAAAAAAUAUAAUGAAGCGUUGACCAGAUAUGAAAAAGCAAGUGUUAAAGUUGCCACAAGUUUAGCAUACUUAAAUGCAGGGCAAAAUUUCAUUUUUACGUCAGCAUUAACUGCAAUGAUGUAUAUGGGUUGCCAAGGUGUUAUUGAUGGUGGGUUAACCGUGGGUGAUUUGGUUUUGAUCAAUCAAUUGGUGUUUCAAUUGAGUGUUCCAUUAAACUUUUUGGGAAGCGUUUAUCGAGAUAUGAAGCAAAGCUUAUUGGAUAUGGAGAACUUGUUCCAGUUGCAAAGCGUGCCCAUUAAGAUCCAAAGUGCAGAAAAUGCUCUGGAAUUGGUGCUCAACAAGCUGAUGCCCGGUGAGAUCAAAUUUGAAAAUGUCACAUUUGGAUACCACCCAGAUCGGCCCAUUUUGUCUAAUGCGACAUUCACUAUUCCCGCGGGAGAGAAAGUUGCCAUUGUUGGGCCUAGUGGAAGUGGUAAAUCGACGAUUUUGCGCUUGGUUUUCAGAUUCUACGAUGUAGAUCAAGGUCGAAUUUUAAUUGACGGACAAGACAUCAAGCAAGUUUCACUUGAGUCGCUUCGAUCAAAAGUUGGUGUUGUGCCGCAAGAAACACCAUUAUUUAACGAUACAAUUCUUGAGAAUAUCCGGUAUGGUGAUUUAAAUGCUAAAGAUGAUCAAAUACGCAAGGCCAUUUCUGCAGUGCAACUUGAUCAACUCGUUAAGGAUCUACCAGAUGGGCUCAAUACUAUUGUUGGAGAGCGAGGAAUGAUGAUCUCUGGAGGUGAGAAGCAAAGAUUGGCAAUUGCGAGACUUUUAUUGAAGAAUGCGCCAAUUACAUUUUUCGACGAAGCAACGUCUGCAUUGGAUACGCAUACGGAGCAGUCGUUGCUCAAGACUAUACGAGGUAUUUUCAAAAAGGAUCAAAGGACCAAUGUCUCUAUUGCGCAUAGGUUGAGAACUAUUGCUGAUGCUGAUAAGAUUAUUGUGUUGAACAAGGGUAAGGUGCAAGAAGAAGGUACCCAUUCCGAGUUGUUGAGCAAUGCGGAGUCGUUAUAUGCACAGUUGUGGAAUAUACAAGAGAAUUUGGAUGUGGAGAAGGAGUUGAGACUUGAAGAGGAGCAGCGGAUAAAGGAUGAAGAGGAAAAAGAGAGGAGAUUAUUUGAGGCCAGAGAAGAGCAAAAGAAGCGUGAUGCAGGUGUAUAG